GCUUUGUCAAGUGCAUCCUGCAUAGUGCCUUUUUGCUUUCUCACUAUCUCCUCUAUUCGAUCUGCCAUAACUCCAGAAGCCUCCCCUUGUCUGCGUCCUUCCCUCUAAAAAUCUUCUCAUUUCUAGCAAGCCAUAUUGUCCAAACAAUACCAAAAGAAAUGCAUUCCCAUCCCUUCUUCAUUUUCGUCAUUUUUAAUAAAUUAGAGUGCUGCUCAAACACCUUCAGGCAGUCUUUAUCAAGCACACUUCUAAUUUCCCACCAUUUGAAACAGUCAUUCCUCAGUUGCCUAGCUAAUUUACAGUGAAUAAAAAAGUGGCUACAGUCCUCAAUUUCCAUUCCACACAAAACACAAUUGCAGUCCGCAAGAGUUUGAAUAAUACCUCUUUUUUGCAAAUUAAGCUUUGUGGAGAUUUUGUCCUGCAAUAGCUGUCCUUACCUAAAGUCUACAAGAACCCAUUUUAUCCUUCACGCAGGAGGCCAUCGCUUUCUCUAGUGCAUCCUGCAUAGGGCUUUUUUGCUUUCUCACUAUCUCCUCUAUUCGAUCUGCCAUAGGUCCUGUGUUCGUCUCUGAAAUUGUGCCAAUGGAUGAGAAUGCAGCUGAUGAAAUCAUGAGGGAGGUUGAUAUAGAUGCAGCCGGUGAAAUUGUGGAGGAAGAGGAAGAAAUCGAACUCGUUGAUAUAGAGUUGGAGGAGAAAGAAAUCGAACUCAUUGAUAGAGAGUUCAGUGCUGACAAUGCAGUCGAGGAAAUCGGCAAGGAGAAGGAAAUCAUAGGGGAAAACGAUGUGUCUCCUAUCAGAGAAGUCCAGCAAACCGUACCCACCACUGAUGACCCAAAGCUCCCAGUGUUGACGUUUCCAGUGCGGUUUUUGGGAUGCUGUCCUACGUUUUGCUCUCGCUCCUCAACUCCUUCUUGAGAUACCGUACUGAACCAUUCUUAGUCUCGAUGAUGUUUGUCCAAAUGGUCACUCUCCCAAUCGGUAACUUCUUGGCCAAGGUGCUUCCCUCCACCAAGUUUCGCAUCCACAAUAGCAGAUGGAAGUUUUCUCUAAACCCUGUCCCAUUUAAUGUCAAAGAGCAUGUCUUGAUUUCAAUUUUCGCUCAAACCGGGACUGCUUUUGGUGGGGGUACCGUUAUGCAGUCGGCAUUGUGGAUGUCAUUCGGUUGUUUUACCACAAGAAGAUCACUUUCUUUGCAAGUUGGAUGCUAGUCAUCUCUACACAGCUUUUGGGGUAUGGAUUGGCGGGGAUUAUGAGAAAGUUUGCGGUGGAACCUGCCCAUAUGUGGUGGCCAGAUAGUCUAGUUCAAGUCUCCUUUUUUAGGUAAAAUUUAUGCAUUUUUUAUUGCAGUCAUGUAUGGUUUUGGUUUAAUUGACUACUAGAUGAUACCCGUGCCAUGCGUGGGAACUUUAAUUACAAAGAAAUUCUAAGUUUUUAU